AAUUCGUGACGCCAGUGAGGCGUCAGUGACGUAGAGAGGGAGGCAGACAGACAGGCAGCGGUGGAAGCAGCGAGACAGGCAGAGCAUCAGUGUUUGUCCUGCAGGGCUCAGAGAGGACAGAGGCUCGCCACCGGACACCCAGCGGCUUGUUUUCAGGCCCAGCUGCAGCAUCCCUCAUCAUGACUAAAGAGGAGAACCUAGAGGUGCAGGAGAAGGAGAGGCACGACCGGGAGGAGCAAGAGGAGGGGAGGGUCCAGAGAGAGGAGGAGGAGGUACUGACCGAGGAGGAGGAGGAAGAAGUGGAGAAAGAGGAUGAAGACGAGGAGGAAGAGGAGAGGGAGGGGGAGGAGAAGGCGGAGGAUGAGGAGGAGGAUGAGCAAGAGGAGGAGCGGGAGGAGAGAGAGGAGCAGGCGGAAGAGGAGGAUCCCCUGGCCAGCCGGGAGCAUGAGGCCGAGCUGGACCCAGAUCCGCUGUCAGUGUCUGAGUACCGGAGUCCAGUUUCCGAGCCACGCCGCCGAGCCAUGGUGCACCCCUCAGCCCAGGCACCGCUGCCCAAAGACUACACUUUCACCUUCUUUGACCCCAAUGACCCGGCCUGUUUGGAGAUCCUUAUGGAUCCUCGGACCACCAUCCCAGAGCUGUUCGCCAUCGUGCGUCAAUGGGUUCCCCAGGUGCAGCACAAGAUUGACCUCAUCGGCUAUGAGAUCCUGAAGCGGGGCUGUCAUGUGAACGACCGCGACGGUUUGACCGACAUGACGCUGCUUCACUACAGCUGUAAGGCUGGAGCACAUGGAGUCGGCGACCCGGCGGCCGCGCUGCGUCUCAGCAGCCACCUGAUCGCUCUGGGCGCCGACGUGAGUCUGAGGAGCCGCUGGACCAACAUGAACGCUCUGCACUACGCCGCUUACUUCGAUGUCCCAGAACUUAUCCGAGUCCUGCUCAAAGCCACUAAACCCAGAGUGUUGAACUCCACAUGCAGUGAUUUCCACUACGGUACAGCUCUCCACAUCGCUGCCUCCAACCUCUGCCUGGGUGCAGUCAAAUGUCUGCUAGAGCACGGAGCCAACCCCACUGUCCGGAAUGAUAAGGGCCUGGUUCCAGGGGACGUGGUUCCUGACCCGAUGGACAUGAGUCUGGACAAGGCGGAGGCCGCCAUGGUGGCCAAAGAGCUGAAGCAGCUGCUGCUGGACGCCGUCCCUCUGAGCUGUAACCUUCCCAGAGCCACGCUGCCCAACUAUGACAACAUCCCAGGAAACCUGAUGCUGUCCUCGCUGGGGCUGAAGCUGGGAGAGCGCGUGCUGCUGGACGACAUGAAGCUCCAGAGAGACCAGAGCAGAGACGACAGCCCGACUGCAAACCUCAAACAGACCGGCACUCUGAGGUUUUGUGGUACGACGGAGUUCGCCAGCGGUCAGUGGGUCGGCGUGGAGCUGGACGAGCCGGAGGGAAAAAACGAUGGCAGUGUGGGCGGCGUCCGCUACUUCAUCUGCCCUCCUAAACUAGGGAUUUUUGCCCCGGUGUCAAAGAUUUCCAAGGCUGUGGAUCAAACACCUUCAUCUGUCACCUCCACCCCCCGAACCCCCCGCAUAGACCUGGCCUCCCGCCUCGCCGGGAAGACCAAGAAGGAGAAAGAGAAGAAGGAGAAGGAGAGAGAGAAAGCCCAGAGGAAGAAGACCUCAGUAGCCAGUCUGGAUCCGGAGGGACUGAACGUGGAAGUUGGAGAUCAGGUUCUGGUGGCCGGACAGAAAAACGGCAUCGUUCGCUUCUACGGCAAAACCGACUUCGCUCCAGGUUACUGGUUUGGUAUCGAGUUGGAUCAGCCGACAGGAAAACACGACGGCUCGGUGUUUGGAGUCCGCUACUUCAGCUGCCUGCCCAAGUAUGGAGUGUUUGCUCCGCCCUCCCGCGUCCAGAGAAUCGGAGGCCCUAAAGACGGCUCACAGAAUGACAGAUCCAUGGUGAAGAAAGUCCACCAAGUCACCAUGUCACAGCCCAAGCGUAACUUCAACACGAUGCGUUCUCCUAAAGACCUGACCUCUGAGAGCUCCAUAUCCAGGUUGCUGUUCUGCUGUUGGUUUCCGUGGAUGCUGCGUGCUGAGAUGCAGUCCUAACCGUGCCCUCCUUCUUCCUCCUCUUCUCCUCCACCAGAUCGAUAUCUCCGCUGUUCUUUCUCUUCAUCUUUUACUUUUGCUUUCCUCUCUCUCAGUCUCUUCAGACUUUCACUGUCGUCGGUCGACCUUCUCGUGGUGAAACCCCGUCUCUCUUCUCUCAGCCCAAAUCCCUCUAAUUUAGCCGUUCUAUAGCAAAAUCUAUAGUGCCUUGUAGCUGAUCAAAACGUCCUGCAUUCCUUUAAUGAAACUGAGAAUCCAGCUCCGCUAAAGCAAUUCCCCUAAAAUAUUCUCUUUACCCCUUUACAGAUCUUAGCAUUUUUUUCAACAAGUUCUCAUCUCAUUGUCCCAGCUUGGUAUUUGUCCAUGUUGUCUCUUUAUUUGGGGCAGAAAAACUGCUGUUCAGUUUCUCUAAGGAUAACAAAAACCACAUAACAUAAGUUUGUGCUGCUACAUGUUUUGUUUUUGCUCAAUUUGGGUCUCACCAUUUUGAAAUGAACGUUAAGGUUGGCACCAGCUAGCUUAAAAUUCGAAAAUAAGGCUGAUGUUUUGACUCGCGGUUUGCACUUCACAAACGUACGCAUACUUGUUAAAUCCCGUAAUAUACUCUGCAUUGGUCCUGAGGGGGCGAUAUAGAAACUGGGCUGCCAUGACAGUUGUGAGAGCGCUACUGGAAACACUCACACUUCUGUCAUGUUGAGAAUUUCAAUGUGUGAAAUUCUGCGUUGUUCAAAGUGUUUGUGUCCUUCCGUAGAAGAUGUGUCGGGUAUCAAGUUGUUUGUAGUCGAUCCGGCUGCCGCUUCUUCACAACUCAUCUGAGACCAAGAACUUCGUUUAGCAUUAAAAGUUCCGGUUCUCUAUUGUGUCGAGACUAUCUCUUCACCCAGUACAGUACCGAUCCUGUUCUUAAGACACAUCAACUGCGGUGUCCGUGAACUAAUUGACUAACCGCAUGCAUGGUCUCUGAUUAAAUUUGAUUUGAACGUGUUUGGGAGCAGUCUUGAGCCGGAGAGAUAGAGAACCAUGGUUACACAUGUAACCGUGAGCGUACAAAUCAGUGCUUUAGAUCCAGUCUCAAUCCUAGAAAACGUCAUUACUCUAGACUGUGUGUGAACAACUUUUAUCACCUGCAUGCUUUAAUCUCUGAUGUCAAACUGAAAACAGGGUUAAUCACAUACUGACUUAAGUGUAUUUUAUCAUAUUGUUACAGUCAGUUAUAUUUUUUUAUCCUUCCGAUGUAAGUAACAGGUUUAAUUUAACCGUUGGGAUGUGAGAUAACAAAAUGGUUUUUGGUCUCUAUGAAACAUCUCCUGUCACAUGCAGGGAACGUGACAAUGUAGACAUCAUUUUAUUACAGCAAGAUGAAGUGUAACUUUAAGUUGCUCUAGUUGCCCUUUCACAGCAAAUCUGAACACGCAGAAAACAGCUGGGUUUGACUUUUUCCUUUAUUACUUUAAAAAACGAACAAAAGAUUCAGUUCAUUUAGUCUUUAAUAGAUGAAGUACUAUAGUUAGACAUUAUAGUGUCAUUAUUAACCAGUGUAUUGCCAAAUACAAACAUUAUUCCAUCUAGUUAGAAUUUACAGUAUAAUAUAGAAAUCUUAUACAGAGCUGCAGUCGUAAUUUGUUGUUGACCAAAAGUGCUAACAGACCCAAAACAAUGACUUUCUUUGAUGCAACUUAAAAAUCAAAAAGUGUUUUCAGCCCCGCUACAUGUGAUAUUAAUGUUUUUGUGUCACUGCCGCCUUGCUUGCGUCUGAAAAUAAGCUUAAUUUAAAGAUGAUGUCAGCUUUAAAACAACAUUAAAUCAGUUUGGAGUUGAAUAUCUGUUUACGAUAAUCAGUUGUAUAUCUCUGUGUCCCUCCAUCAAACAUUAAUCUCCAUCUUGAGGUUUUUAAUUUCCUAACAUAGAUAUUUAAACCCUGGAUAAUCUCUCCAGAGAGUCCAUGAUAUUUGUAAAGGUUUUCCUCUCAAUUUCUCUCCCCCUCUUCUCUCAUCCCUCUUUCUCCAUUUAUAUAAGACUUCUGUAUGUUUUGUGAAUGUGAGCAUCUGCGAAAAGACAAAACAAAAACAAGUUAAUCUGAAUUUACGUGUGUGCUUCAUGUUAAAAUCUCUCUCCAAGUAUGUGCGUAACUGAAAACAGCAAUAUGUGAACAGUGUACCUAUCUCUGUGUGGAAAUGGUUCCUGUGAUAAUGUCUCUUUACACUCUGUAAGCACACUAAUACAGAGAGAUGAACACGCUCACACUCUGAUAGUCGAGGCUGCCGGGAGACGAGACGCCCAAAACUACCAAACAACAAAUGUUCGUACGCUUUCAGGCUGAGAAAAUAACUCAGUCUGUGUACAUUUACACCUUAAUAACUGGUAGAUUCAAAAGUAUAAGAGCCAGUGUGAUUUCUUUUGGGCCACAGCAGCAAGUGGAUAUACAGUUAACUUUAUCCAAAAACAAAUACUAUGUAAACCCAACGGUGGAAAUCCAAAGUUUGUCAUCUAAAUCUAUAAAUGGCAUUGCAUGUAAUGCAUGUUUUACAGGUCAGAUCGUCAGUUUAUGACCAUGAGUCGACGUUCACAUUUAUUCAGACAGAUGUAGUUAGUUUUACAACUCCAGAAAGACUUGAUUAUACUUGUGAAUUUUGUAUUUUUUGGACGUAAAACAUACAGAGCUUGGAGAUCCGACUGCAUGUUACCAGAGUUGUAAAACUAUUCAUGUCUCUCUGUAUCAGUGUAAACUGUGAUUUGUAAUCGUAAAAAAUUGUAAUUGACGAUUGUACCUGCAAAUUAUGGGUCAUAAUCCUUUUUACAGAGUUUUGGGUUCUUUUUUUCCGAAUGUUUGUCUUUGCGCUCUGCAGCCUCGGCUAAAGGAAACACUUUGUGGUUGCUCCUGCACACUGCUGUUGAUAAUUGUUCUUUCUGUGCCCGUGGAAUCAGCUUCAACAUUAUACUAAUGAUAACUACAGCGCUUAAACUCAUCAGGUACUCACUUUAGCUCGACCAACUGCAGAAUUUAGUCGGGCUGAGAUCAGACCAAAGCUUUUCAUUCUAGCUUGAACUCAAAGCUUAGCUCUGAGCGUUGCUGCUAAAUGAUACAGUGAAAGGUCAAAUGGAGCAAGUAGUACUUCACUAAACUCUUAAGCUUUGUUACGAGUUGUAGGUUGAUUUAUGUGGCGUCCUGAUAGGUGAGCAGAGCACUGAUCAGUUUAUAAUAAUAAUAAACCUUUAUUUAUAGAGCACUUCUCAAAACAAAGUACAAAGUGCUUCACACCAAGAGAAAUAAAAUGCCACAGUUUAGCAUUUUGAACACAAACUCCUGCCCUGGUAGCACUUAUGUCAAGGUGUUUUUUGGCCCAACGGUCUGCAGUUCAGCUGGUUUAAUCAGCUUGCUAAGAUGCAGAGCACUUGCAGCUAAAUGGAAAAAAAACAGAGAUGGAAAAAAAUUGGGAAUAAUGCCUGAUCGGUUAGCAAAUCCAGGGUUCCCACCUUUCUUGGAUAAACUAGAAUUCAGUAAAGUAGAGUUAAUUUCUGUCCUGGAACACUGUAACAAAUUUCAAUCAGGUAGCUAGGAUCACGAUUGCCCAAAAUGUAAUGUUGUAUGAUGUCCCUGCAAAUUCCAGCUUUGUUCAACUUUCAUGAAGUUGAAAUAGUCUACAACGGAUUUUAGCCUUCAUCUAAAGUUCACAGUUAAUUGAGAAAACUAAAUGAACUCAAUGCCAACUGUUAUCGAACCAAGAAAUCCAGAUAUUCCACAUCUGUCUAACUGAAGUCAGGCUUAAACUCCACUUUUAGCCACUUUUCUGAAAGUCUCUCAUCUAGUCUCUGGGUUAUUGAAACUGUUCUUGAAAUGUUCUGGAAGACAAUUUCUUGAAAAUGUGAGAAUCUUGAUGUCACGUUAACACGAUAUGCAGAUGACAGCUUUACCUUCCUACAUUCAUGCUGUUAGCUACUUUCCCCUGCCACCCCAUUCAAACCUGAACAAAAGAGCCUGAUGAACUAAAGUAACUCCACAAGUUGUAGUUUACAUAUGUUUAUAAUUUCACCACAGGAAAUGUUUUGCUACAAAAAAAAGCUGUUGCAGCACGCUGUCCAUUGGUAAAGCUCCACAGAGUCAGGAUCUGCUGACUCCUUCAUCCUAGGUGAACAUAGACGUCAGUGGACCACAGUGAUGGUGAGGUUUGUCUUUGUACAGUUAACGUACAGUACAGUCAAUAUGUCCCAGUGAAGCCUCUGUUGGUUUGAACAUAGUGUUCCUACUGCUGUGUAAAUGUGGCGCUUUCUCUGGUUUGGCCACUAAGUGUCGCUAGCGAGUCACUGGUUAAUCAUCUCAACACAAACAAAAUAUUAAAUAAGCUUUAUUCAUUACAUAUUCUCUAUUUGAUUUGCUCCAUUUAAAGGACUAUACUGGUUUUUCCUGUUUUUAGCGCUUUAACUACAAACUACUGAAUGCUUACUUAUUUUCUGCUGACUCAUUUCCAAAGCCUUCCUUAAGUUUUUAGAUGUAUUUCCUUUCCAGUUGGUGUGCAUACAAAAUAGGCACAUGGCAAAAAUAAUGUAAGUUUUUACACCUUGGGCCUCCAAAAUACUCCCGAAUGAUAGUGCUCCCCAUAUAAACAGAAGUCUGCGGAGCCACCGGUAGUCCCAAAAUAUUCUUUUAUCUUGUACACACAAGAUAAAAGUGGUCAAUUGAAUCGCUGCCUGGAAGGAAGAAAUCAGUCAAAAACUGAUGGAUGAUUUGGAAAAUGAUCAGCAGGAAUGUAAAGUAUUUGUGAUUUGUAGUUGAUGCUGGUUUUGUCCUUUUAAAUCCUCUAUAAUCGAUCGGUGUAUGUGUCUGAGAAUAUAAUGUUGAACUCAUUCUCAUCGAAACUAACUCAGCACUGGUUGUUUUAACAUUAAUACGUCUUAAAAAUAUACAGUAUAUAGCCUAUAUUUUGAUAACUUCACUAAGUGUACUUUUUGUUCAACGGUUUUGUAGUGUGUGUUUGUGCUUGGUUACAGUCCAUGUGUGUGAGUAACACCUGUUUUAAAAGUGUGUGAAGCUCACGGGCGUUAAAGGGGAAACAGGAGAAGGAGCAUCCUCGUCCUAACAGAUACUCACUGCAUGCUCUCUCUCUCUCUCUCUCUCUCUCUGUAACUUUCUCUCUCAGUAUUUUCUGAUUUGGAUUUUUCAAUAUGUGUAUCUUCUUCUCAUCAGCAUGGAAGUGCUUCUAAUAAUAACAGUGACAACUCUAUGAAUAUAAUAAAGACUUUGAUGUUGUUUUUCUA